UUGAUACCACAAGGAUUAUGAUGGGAUGGAAAAAAUCUCACUCUCUCAACAAAAGAUAAUGAUUCUGAGCCUCUGUUUGCCGUCUCCUUGUUAGACUGAACUUCAAUAUUGAUAUCGGAUACCGAUCUAAGUCAUUUGACUCCCUUUCAACUCUUCCAUUUGACACGGAAAAAAAUAAAAAUAGAAAAGAAAAAGAAAAAACGAACAACAACUGGGUAAACUUCCAACAGUUCUAGUUGCACCUAUUUCUUGCCACCCACGACCAAAAUAGAAGCAGCUGCAGCUUUGCAUUAGCCUACCCCUCCCCCCCCGCCCCCCACACACACACAACAAAACCCCCCUCCAGGCUCCAAACCUCAAUCUUUGUAACAAAGCUGCCGCCGCCAAAUAAGGAAAACGUUUUUCAGAACUUUACAUCCUGAACUGCAAGCGGAGCUUCUCCCCGGCAUUGAUAGUCACAAAGCAAAAUGGCUGUUUGUGGUUCAAGAACUUCUCAUAUUGGUCAUUUUGUUGGCAAUAUGACUGCUAGGCGCCUGCAAUAUGGUUUGUCGGUAAAUAGCAGCACCGUCUCUUACAGCAAUAGAAGCAUUGAGAAUGUUAGAAAAGCCAGUAUUUGUUUGAGAAAUGAAGGCCAGCCCCACAACUUCAUGUUAUCUCAAUAUUUCAGAACUAGUGUUGCAAAGAGGAGGGGCAAUUUGAAUCCAUACGAAGGAUUUGGUUUAGAAGGUUUUUGCAUUUUAUCACCUGCGCAUUUCUCUUCUGGAACUACUUCUCCUCCUGGCAUGUCUUCUAUUAAUUCUCAGGGAAAGAAACGUGCUGCAACUACUGCUGGUUCUUCUGAAGGAAAGAUACACCUGAAGCUGAAUUCGGGAUCAUUUUACCUGCCUCAUCCUGCUAAAGUAAAAACUGGUGGAGAGGAUGCUCAUUUUAUAUAUGGCCCUGCACAAGCUAUAGGUGUAGCUGAUGGGGUCGGUGGAUGGGCUGAUCUUGGUAUUGAUGCGGGGGAAUAUGCCCGUGAACUAAUGUCUAACUCUAUAUCUGCAAUACAAGAGGAACCUAAGGAUUCCAUAGACCUAAUCAAGGUCCUUGAGAAAGCUCACAUGAGAACAAAAGCAAGAGGUUCUUCGACUGCUUGUAUUAUUGCGCUCACUGAUGAAGGUAUAUAUGCUGUUAAUUUAGGAGACAGCGAAUUUAUAUUGGUUAGACAUGAAUCUGCUAUAUUCAAAUCUCCUGCACAACUGCACGGUUUUAAUUUUCCAUAUCAACUGGAGGGAAGUAGUGCUGGUGAUUUGCCUAGCUUGGCUGAGGUGUUUAAAAUUGCAGUUGCUCCAGGAGAUGUCCUAAUUGCUGGUACUGACGGGCUUUUUGACAAUUUAUAUGACACAGAUAUCACUGGAGUUGUGGUUCAUGCUGUGGAAGCUGGCUUAGAGCCAAAGAUGACAGCUCAAAAGAUAGCAGCAUUGGCACAACAAAGAGCAAUGGACCCAACUAACCCGUCCCCUUUCUCUGAUGCAGCCAAAGAGGCCGGAUUUGAGUACCACGGGGGGAAACUUGAUGACAUAACCGUAGUUGUUUCUUAUGUAAAUAAUGACGGCGAUCCAUAACAUAAUGGCGUUUUGAAGACAUGGGAAGUUGGGAACAUUGACCACUUGGUAUCCUUAGUUUGAGGUUUGAAGCAGGAACAGCAGCUGGCUGAGAGUGACAUUGCAGUACCAGAGAUCAGAGGCAUCAGUGGUUGAAUUUUCGCUGUUGGAUUGCCGAAAGAACAAUUGUUGAAAACGAAAGCUCUGCAGCUGCAUGUUGCGGCAACCUAGUGGAGCACCUUAUUUGGUCAAGUGUUUUAGUUCCUAAAAUUCAAAAUGGGCUGUUUGAGUUCAUCAGAAUUUAAUGGAGGGCGCUACGUUCUACCAGGUUGAUAGAGAUCUUAAUUGAUUAAUUAGUUCUUGUUGACAUUGAUGUAUAUUAAGACACGGCUCGCUGAAAGUUCUCGUUUCUGUCUAUUUGGUUUUGUAUGCCAUGGGUUCUGUAUUCUUGAAGAAAUACUUUCCUUUUCUACCCACUUGGGGUUUGUGAGAACUCAUUUUCCUAGCCAA